UGGGUUGAUGCCGCAGAACUCUACCGCGUGGCUUUUAUCACCUCCAAACGAAUUUUGGGUGAAGCGCAUCCAGGCACUCUAAGCAUCACUGACCAUCUUGCACAAAUUUAUGAAGCGAAAUCACGCUGGGGUGAAGUUUCAGUACUAUACCGGCAAUGUCUCGAUAUCAGAAGAGACAAUAACGUUUAUGGUCACCCUGAGACAUUGAGCACCAUGGAAAACAUUGCUGCAAUGUGUAUGCAUCAAGGCCACCGCCCGGAGGCAUUCGAUCUUUAUCGCGAAUUAUUCGAGAAGCGGACAUUCGUUACGACUCGACCCGAGACCUGGGAAGGAAUGGGGUUUCUGAGAAAUCAUGCGAUCCGCGGGGAACGUUGGAAUGAAGCCGAAAAACUGCGCAGAGCCAUUCUCGACGAGAAAAGGCGUUUCCUUGGUGCUGAUGAUCCCACGACGCUUGACUGGCAGCCCCCCCUCGCUUUGGUCUAUCAGAAACAGCAUCGAUGGGACGAAGCCGAAACGCUUUUGCGCGACUACAUAGACAGAAGUCUAGAGGUGAACGGACUUUCGCACAAGAUCACUUUACAUGGACUGCAGGAAAUGCAAGCUGUGUGGGGGCCAAGGGAAUCUCUGCGGUGCCCUUCGCUGGCUGCAGCGGCGUGCCUGGGCCUUUUCACGUCGGGGAGACAAGACGUUUUCAGACUUGGAGGAAGAUGUUGGAAGGAUACUAGGAAACCACCGGCUUAA